UCCCAGUUUAUAUAAAAGUGAUGUACUCUUGCUUUUGUGGGCUUCACUCUGCAGUAUCACACUGUUGCUGGGACAAUCUCGUGUUUUGCAACUGGAUAUGCAGGCUGUAUCUAUCGUGUGGCUCAUCCUCACUGUUCUCUCUCUCCAGCUCGUGUGUAUGCAGGAGACCUACGAUGAGGGGGAAUACGAGUACAACCACAUGGAGUACCCUCAGAACUGUUCCAUCAGUGAGGUCAUCAAAGGGGGACGCGUGUCGUACACGCAGGCUGGCGUUCCUGGUAGCUGGCUCACCUAUCACUGUGAGCAGGGCCAGUAUCCCUCCCCUGUCUCCUAUAGGCUCUGUGGAAUGGAUGGAGAGUGGUCUUCCAUGAGGCUGGCCAGUGGAAGAAAGGUUUCACAAGCAAGCUGUAAAGAUGUUUUGUGUCCGGGCCAAGUCCAGUUGGACAAGGGAGAGUUCUGGCCCAGGGACCAGUGGCUGCGUCCAGGACAAAACCAGAGCUUCUCCUGCCACGAGGGCUACACUAUGAAAGGCUCUGCCCAGAGGACCUGCACGCUGGACGGGGACUGGACUGGGACCACCCCCCUGUGCAGCAAGCAAGAUGAUGACUGUACAGACCCAGGCAUCCCACCAGGCGCUCUGCGGACCUCUGGUCGGCUCCGUGUGGGAGACAAGAUCCAGUACCGCUGCCAGAGUGGCAUGGAUCUGCUGGGUUCAUCUGAGAGAGUCUGUCUGGAGGCCCGAGAGUGGAGCGGCUCAGAGCCUCGAUGUCAGGCACCGUUUGCCUUUGACUCUCCCAGCUCUGUGGCCCAGGCCAUGGGAGGAUCCUUCUCUGGAGUCAUGGAUGUCCUUUCUCCAGAGUUCAAAAAGAAAGAAAAGAAAGUGACCUUUGAGCGCGUGCUGCGUAUCGCCGAUGGCCGCAUAAACAUCUUCAUCCUGCUGGACACCUCCGGCAGCAUCACCGCACAACAGUUCGAGCAGGCCAGGAGUGCCACCAUCGCCCUCAUACGCAAGUUGGACAGCUAUCAGGUUCAGAUGAGGUUCCAUGUGACAUCAUAUGCCAGCACGGCCAUAAAGAUAGUGUCUAUCUUGGAUCCCUGGUGUGACAAUGCUGAUGAAGUCAUCAAACAACUGAUGGAAUUUGACCACAAAAGUCACAACAGCCAGACCGGCACCAACUUGUAUGACGCUCUACACACAGUCUACGAAGAGAUGUCCUUUCUCAAACUAAAUAAAAAAGAACGGACAUACUUUAACCAGACGCAGAACGUCAUCCUCAUUGAGACAGAUGGGUUCUCUAACACAGGCUCCAGUGCGCUGGCGAUGCUGGCCCGGAUACGGGUUCUCCUGGGGUACAGUCCCACGUCCCAGGAACACUCUCACGAGGACCUGCUAGAUGUGUAUGUGUUUGGAGUGGGAGAGAAAGUGAAUAAAAAGGAGCUGAAUGACAUUGCCUCCAAUAAGAGAGAUGAUCGUCAUUUGUUCAUCCUGAGGGAAGUCAAGACUCUGGGAGAGGUCUUCAACACCAUGAUCAGUGAUGAGAGUGUGAUCAUGUGUGGUAUUGCACAAGAGGAUGUCUCCAGCAACAGUAAAGCUCACACCAGACCCUGGCAUGUCAACAUCAUCACGACCGGGUCUAGAAAUGAGAAGUGCCAGGGCACCAUCAUAAGCGAGGACUGGGUUCUGACGGCCGCUCACUGCUUCUCCAACGCUGGCCACAAGGGGCUGGAGGAACAGAAGACCACUAUUGAAUACGGGGGAGGUUCAGUAUCGGCUGGAAACCUGUUUCUGCAUCCUCUGUAUGACGUGAUGGGUCUCAAACACAAGAACGUAAAGGAGUUCUACGACUAUGACAUUGCUCUGGUGAAGGUGCAGAAGAGCAUCCCAAUCUCUCAGAAGGCCAGGCCUAUCUGUUUGCCGUGCACUAAGCCAGCCAGCCAUGCUAUGAAGAUGGGGCCUGAUUCCACCUGUAAACAGCACUGGAAUGCCUUAUUGCCAACAGAGAUGACCAGAGCCUACUUCAUCCACAAGGAAACCCGCAAACAAACACACAUCCACACUGGUAGUAGGAGGCCUGACUGUGUGAAGCAUGCAGAGAGGACCCUGACCCAGAACACGACUGUAACUCUGGAUGAGUAUGUUCCUGACAGGUUCCUGUGUACCGGAGGAACCCCGUCACAGAUGGAUGCUUCCAGCACCAAAGGUGACUCUGGUGGUGGUCUGUUCUUGACCAAAAGAAUGAGGAACUUCCAGGUGGGGGUGGUGAGCUGGGGCACGGUGGACAUAAACAAGAAGCCAAGCGAUAAGGAGCACGCUCGAGAUUUCCACAUCAACAUCUUCAAGCUGAUGCCAUGGUUGCGGCAGCACCUGGGGACGAAAUUGGACUUCCUUCCGGACGAAUGAGUGCAUGAUGACAUCACAUCCUGAAAAGAUUUUUCUAUCCUGUUUCCGAGGAUGUGGACACUUCUGACACUUACUCCCAAGUUUCCACUUGAUCAAAAGCUUUAAAUGCAUACUUGAACACUCUGCCCUGCGCCUUCCCACUCCCCAUGAAAAGGUGGGCUAGUUUAUAUUCAAUGGCCUGCUAGCUGAACAUUCUACUCUCCAUAACUCUUGUGUAUUUUAAAUGUCAUGUACAGCAUCUUCAUAUAAACAAUAACAGCUUCA